UGGUGGGGGACAGCUCUCAGAAGCGACAUCAUCUCUACGACGAACGACAUCACCACUACACAACCACGAGUCUUCGAAUAAGGGCAGACCAGCAACAGCCUCCAAUCCGCCUAUCUCAAAGCAUCGACUCCUAGGUCACCGUCAUGUCGGUCUCGCAGCUCUCAAAGCUGCUACCAUUGCCCGACGACGAACUCAAGCAGGUCCUCGAUUACGCCGCCACUCUCUCCAAACCCGAGGCCGCAGAGCAUCUCAACAAUCUCCUCGGCAACUCGCCCCAGGCUGUCGAGUUCAUCUCUUCAUUUAAUGCUCGCCGGCAAACUUCCAAGCCUGCCCCAGUAGGCCCCUCCUUCAGUGCUGCUGCGGCGGCGGCGGGGAGCUCAUCCGACAAUGGAGCAAUAGACGCGGUCCCUAAAUCGAAGCGAGGUCCCAAGAAGAAGAAAGCUGCGAUUCACACCCCUCAAGCUAGACAAGUCGGCGAUUACGGGGUGCCAUCUGGUUCGACAUAUAGCAAGAAGGAUCAGGACCUAGACUACAUUCCCCAACGGCCCAGCGCACCUGGCAGCAACGACGUAUCAAGAUCCAACACCCCAAAGCCCGCACCGAAGCCUGCCGCGAAGCCGCCCCCGAAGCAGCAUGUAUCAGCCGGUUAUCUGAUCGCAGAUGGACCCUCAAAGGCGAAGCCCAAAUCGAACCCAACGUCACGAAGCUCUACACCCAAGCCGAGCGGCACUGCUACCAAGAUUUCGAUUUCGGGAGGGUUGCCUAUGGCUGGUGCUUCAACAGCAAUUGCUGAUCUGGAUGCUGCUAUUCGUGCGCUCGAGAUUAGUACGAACCCGAGUUUGGAUAAUCCCAAGGCGAGAAAAUGCAACUGCGUUGCCACUAGGCACCCUCUACAAGGUGCAGCGCCGAACUGCCUCUCAUGCGGCAAGGUGAUUUGCAUGAAGGAAGGGUUAGGCCCAUGCACAUUCUGCGGGAGCCCUUUGUUGAGUCCGGAUGAUGUCCAAGCCAUGGUGCGAGAGCUGAAGGAUGAGCGAGGGCGGGAACGCAUGGCUGCAGACCGACAAGCCAAUCGCCGGGCAGACGUUGCCAAGACGCCAGCUGCCUUUACCAAGCCCCGCGGCAACGACGGUCCAUCCCUGAGUGACGCCGAGGCCAAAGCCAGGGCACACCGAGACAAGCUCCUAAACUUCCAGGCUGAGAACGCCCAACGAACAACUGUGCGAGACGAGGCGGCCGACUUUGAUGUCAGCGGAGCCUUGCAGGGGACGGGAAGCAUGUGGUCAACACCUGAAGAGCGGGCGCGGGAGCUGAAGCGGCAGCAGAAGAUUCUGCGAGAGAUGGAGUGGAAUGCCCGGCCAGAAUAUGAGAAGCGGACGCAGGUGCUAAGCAUCGAUCUGGUUGGAGGCAAGGUGGUGCGGGAGAUGGCGGCUGUAGAACGACCCGCAACUCCAGAAGAGGACGAAGAGGAAGACUACGGUGUGCUUAGAACAACUUCGGGGAACAAGAACGUGGCCAAGGCUGGUGGAGCAUUCAGCGGAAACCCCUUGCUGGGCUCCCUCAUUAGGCCAGUAUUUGACGCCAAGGGCAAAGGGGCCGAAACGGAGGGGCGGGAGUCGAGAAAGAAGAACCGGUGGCAGCGCGUUCAGCAUGACCUAAAGGACAACGAAGACGUUAUUCUAGACGGAGGAGUACGCGGGCAUACUGGGAAGGCGGGAGAUGAGCCAGAGUGUGGAUAGAUGCGGGUGUAAGUGGUGUUUUAGUUGAGCUUAGAGGCCGAUCAGUCCAUGUAGACUUGGUAUUUGGGCAGCGAGAAAGAUACCCACCUCUUAGGGUUAGAUUGGGAUUCAUGCGAGACCUGUUGAGUAUAACAUAUCCGAGACAGUGCUGCCGUUGAGAUUUAGUUCAUUGAAGUUAGCAUGUGUUGGUGAAACCGUGAUGAUUGUUGUUCCUUGUAAUUAAACUUGGAAGCCAUGGAGUCACAUUGGCCAAUAGGUAUUUGGGCAUUGGAAAAGCAACCAGAUGUAAGUGAAGAAAGGAAAUUCAAGGUUACUAUACGG